AUGUCUGUUAAAUCCCCUCCUAUCAAGAUCUCUCGUUUACCUUUUUCCAACGUGCAUAAGUCUAGGAUCCACUGGGUCUCGCGUCUUGCAUCGGCGACUGAACCGUUGAAGUACAGGAACUUACAGCAGCUUCCAUCACUAUCGGACGUUUGUUUGUGUGAGAUCCACGCACUGCGGACACUGCAUCGCAGCGAGCUACUGCAAGCCAUGGACGCGAUGCUUCUGCCGUCUCAAAUCAUCUGUCUCAGGGCUAUAGUUGCGCGGAAAAGAACCAGUGGUUCUGAGCUAGUGCGUCAAAAGCCAAGAAGUUGGUCCAUCUCAGACGCAGGAGAUAGUUGGGGCCAAGUUUGUUUAGUCGAGGCAGUACUGUACACACAAUACUCGUAG